AUGAAGAGCAGGAAGGUGAAGCUGACAGUGCCUGUGGUCAAGGCGCACGCGUGCCCUGCGGGCACGUCACAGCUAAUCUUGUGGGAUACCGAGGUUCGCGGUCUUGGCGUGCGCGCGCUGCCUGACCACGUUAAGGACGGCACAACAGUACGCGGCGCGAAGACCUACGUCUUUCAAGGCAGGGUCAAGGGUGCCGCCAUCGAGCGGCGCAUCACCAUCGGCCGCGUGGACGCGAUGCCACUUGAAGGCGACGACACGAACAAGGACGAAGUCCGGCAUGGCGCACGCCAGCGGGCGCGCAAGCUGCGUAACAUGAUGGACAUGGGUCGAGACCCGCUUGCUGAGCAAGCGCAGGCCAAGGCCGACAAGAUCGCCGACGCCGAGCGCGCCCAAGCGCAAGCGGUCAGUCUGCGACAGGUUGCCGACCACUACAUCGCCAACAAAAAGACUCGCAAUGGGCCACUGAAGCCGAAUACGGUUCGCGACAUCAACGAGGUCGUGGACAAAGCGCUAGCCGCAUGGGCCGACCAGCCUAUCGCGAGCAUCACCCGCGCCAUGUGCGAGGCGCGUCACAACGAGUUGGCGCGCGGCGGGCUCAAUGGCAACCGGCCAGCGCCCACAACCGCUCGGAGCUCCUUCGUGGUGUUGCGCGCGCUGAUCAACUGGGCGAUGGAUAAGUACCGAGUCGGCGACGAACCUCUAAUUCGCGAGAACCCAGUACGAGUGCUGAAGGGUCAGAUGGCGCCGCCGAAGGCGCGAACGACCAAGGUGCCGAUGGAGCGCAUCGGCCACGUGUGGGAAGCCCUCCGUUCAGUUCGUGCCGAUCCCGCCCACCUCGCCGCAACACAAACUCAGGCCGACGCCCUGGCAUUCAUGCUGAUCACGGGCGCUCGCAAAGAGGAAGCGUUGCAACUCACCUGGGAUCGUGUGGAACUGGGCGACGACGCCGGCUCCUGGCACCUGCCCGCCCCCAAGGGCGGUAAUCCAAUCACCUUCCCACUGUCCAAACCCGCACGUGAAUUGCUCACCAGUCGCAAGCCCCGCCCAGGCUGCCCCUACGUUUUUCCCGCACGCGGCGGCAAGGGCCACGCAGGCACGCCGCGCGGCCCGGCAAUGGCGGCUGCCGUGGUGGCGGCAGGCUGCCACUUGGACCGCCACGCGCUGCGGCGGACGAUGACCACGCUUGCGGUGACGGUGCUGAACAUUCCUCUCUGGCGCGUCGAGCUAUUGACCGGUCACCGCAUCGGCGGCAACGUCACCCUGAACCACUACACCGAGACCAGCGACCUCCGCUACCUUGCGUCCGAUGCCGAACGCGUCGGCGCAUGGAUCGUCGAGCAAGCUGACAUUGCUGCUGGCCGUAACGUGCUGAGCUUGAUUCAGAAGAAGCGCGCCUGA